AUGAAACACUCAAUUAGUACUAUCGUUGCUGCAUUUGCAUUUGCAACCUCAACUUCCUAUGCCAUGCCAGGUUUACUGUACCCGGAGCAUCAUACCUGGUCACCUCCAACUGAUUCCGAUGUUCGCUCUCCAUGCCCUUGCCUUAAUUCACUAUCCAAUCACGGAUUUCUCCCACACUCGGGUCGCAAUCUGACCAUGGAUAAACUGAUUAAAGCUUUUAAAGAGGGAGUCAACCUUGGUCCAGAUGCCACUACAUUUGCUGGAGGGUUGGCUAUGAAGUCCAAUCCUAUUCCUAAUGCCACCUGGUUUGACCUAGAUAUGCUCGACCAGCACAACUUUCCCAUCGAACACGACGGCAGCCUGUCACGCGCAGAUGCCUACUUCGGCAACAACCACGAUUUCUCCCCAGAAGUCUGGGGAGCAUACAUGGCCCGCCUUGAGGGCCACGAGAUUAUCAGUAUCGAACUGGCAUCAAAAGCGAGAGCGGAGCAUGUUUACGCCCAAAGCUUAAUCAACCCGGAGUUCUUCCUCAACGAGGACCUUCUAGGAGAUUCGCUGCUUGAGACAGCACUGCUUAUAAGUAUCUUUGGGGACCCAGCAUUAGGCAAUGCGAAGAAGAGUUGGAUAGAGAGUUUCUUUAGGAAUGAGCGCUUCCCAGUUAGUGAGGGGUGGGAACCAAGGGCUGACGAGGCGAACUUGACCACCGCUACUGCAAUGAUUGGUAAAUUGCAGGCUAGUCUCCCAGAAGGAGUACCGAUAUUAUUUGGGAAUCAGCCGGAAUAG